GAUAGCUGGAGGGGGUGUCAGGGGSAGAAACCGGCAGCCAGGGUGAGAGCAUCUUCAGCUCGCUGGAGAGAGMGCGCGCGCGAGGGAGAGAGAGAGGGAGCGGAACGCCAGGCUGCCCAUCCUCAUAUUUCCUUGUGCGUCUGUGUGAGGCUGUGUGAGCGGCAGAGAGGGCUGAGCACAUCUGACUCUCGUGGAGGCAGCAGGGACUCAUUCCACUUGGCCAAGAGAGAUCGAUGCUUUUACGUGGAGCCGCACAGGACGGCUGAGCGCCCUCCUGCAGAAAGUCUGCGCAGCGCCACCAAGAAAUUAAAGAGAACAAGACUGAGUCCAUCACAAAGCUCCGAGCGGCAAAAACCCAGGGACCAACACUUCUCAACUUCAUAGUUUACAUCCAAGGUGCAGUCACAGAAGGAUCUUAGUCACAAGAUAACAAGGUUCCUACCGAAAUAAAGGUGUGAGUGGAGGACAGCGGUGAAGUGUGUUGCAAGGAUGCCAGAAUCAAAGCAACUUCAUUGGACCACAGAGCUCACAACAAUGUUGGCUCUUGCUCUCCUUUUUGCACUACAGGGUGCUGCACACGCUGCUCCAUCAGGAGACAACAAGCUGGUUCGAACCACCAGAGUGAGGAGGCAGAUCCCAGAGGGGGAUCAGUUUCCCUCUGCUUCCUCAGUCAACCAGACACUACGAGAGCAGCCUCUUGUCUUUAACCACGUGUACAACAUUAACGUGCCGAUGGAGUCUCUGUGCUCCRUCGACCUGGAUGCAUCUGUGGCCCCAGAUUCUCACGCUGAGUUGGGAUCCAGACCUCCAGCUGAGGGUCCAGGGGAGCCAGCGGGGCCAACAGAAUACACGGAGCAGACGCUUGAUGCAGAGAGUCAGGUGACGUUUACACACCGCAUCAACAUACCAAAAGCAGCGUGCAGUUGUCCAGCGAUAACCACAAUCCAGCAACUGGCCACCAGAGUGGAGAUGCUGGAGAGAGAGGUGUCCAUGCUCAGAGCUCAGUGUGGAUCUGGAUGCUGUGGGGAAGGCUCUGCCAUGGGUCGUCUGGACUUUGUCCCAGGUUGCAGCGGCCACGGGAGCUUCAGCUUUGAUCUGUGUGGCUGCAUCUGUGAGGAAGGCUGGGGCGGCAAAAACUGCUCCGAGCCUCGUUGCCCAAAUGACUGCUCCGGUCAGGGGGUGUGCAUCGAAGGGGAGUGUGUGUGUGAUCGGGACUUUGGAGGCGACAACUGUUCAGAGCCACGAUGCCCCUCCGACUGCUCAGGCAGAGGCCUGUGUAUCGAUGGUGAAUGCGUGUGCGAGGAGUCCUUCACAGGCGAAGACUGCAUGGUCGGACGGUGUCUCAACGACUGCUCAGAUCAGGGGUUGUGUGUCAACGGGACGUGCCAGUGCCGCCCCGGCUAUGUGGGAGAAGACUGUUCAUUGGUCUACUGCGCCAACAACUGCAGCAAGAAGGGAGUCUGCAAGGAGGGUUUCUGUGUCUGCCAGGAUGGYUUUGCUGGAGAUGAUUGUAACUCAGUGGCACCUGCCAUGAAUUUAAAUGCACGUGGAGUUACAGAUCGUACUAUCGAGCUGGAGUGGGAAGGGUCCAUUAUGGUGACAGAUUUCUUGGUGACCUACACUCCAAGCAGCCCUGGAGGUGUGCAGCUAGAAGUGAGGCUCCCAGGAAACACAUCAUCUUGGAUUAUCACAGGUCUUGAAGCCGGCAUAGAGUACAACAUCAAUGUGUUUGCUGUCAUCAACAACUCAAUCAGCGUUCCCUCCAGUAUCACUGUGUGGACGUAUCUUUCCAAUCCAGAUGGAUUAGUCUUCAAAUCUAUCACAGAGACAUCAGUGGAAGUCCAAUGGCAACCGUUUUACUAUUCCUUUGAUGGAUGGGAGAUCAGCUUCAUCCCCAAGGACAAUGAUGGCGGCAUGACAGCCCAGCUGCCCAGCACCAUCACCUCAUUUAUUCAGAGCGGUCUGAGGCCUGGGGAGGAAUAUACAGUCAACCUGGUGGCGCUCAGAGAGCAGGGUCGGAGCCAGCCCGUCACUGCUACCUUCACAACCUUGAUUGAUGGUCCGACUCAGCUGAUUGUGCGUGACGUGUCGGACACCGUAGCCUUUGUGGAGUGGACACCACCGAAAGCAAAGAUCGAUCAGAUUGUGUUGCGUUACGGCCUUGUGAGAGGAGAGGGCCCGCGGACCACCUUUAGACUCCAGCCCACACUUACCCAGUACUCAUUACAGGUUCUGCGUCCUGGUUCACGGUACGAGGUGUCUGUAAGCGGAGUUAGGAAAGGAAAUGAAAGUGGCUCUAUCUCUACUGAAUUUACAACCGAGAUCGAUGCCCCCAAGAACUUACGGCUCGUGUCCAAGACCUCCACUACCCUCGAGCUUGAAUGGGAUAACAGUGAGGCUGAGGUGGAGGGGUAUCAGGUGGUSUACAGCACUUUAGCAGGAGAUCAGUAUGAUAAAGUGAUUGUGCCACGCAACGAGGGUGCCACCACUAAGACUAACCUCACAGACCUUCUGCCAGGGACGGAGUACGGCAUUGGUAUCUCUGCCAUGAAGGGUAUCAACCAGAGUACACCAGCAACGAUGAAUGCCAGGACAGGCCUGGAUGUACCCAUGGAUUUAACUGUGACAGCUUCUACUGACAACUCCAUCACUCUGGUGUGGGGUGUAGUCCAGGGUCCAAUUGACCACUACAGGGUCACCUACACAUCUUCCUCUGGUAUCACAACUGAGCUGACAGUUCCUAAAGACAUAACCACCACGACUCUGACAGACCUUGACCCUGGAACUGAAUAUACAAUCACAGUAGCAGCGAGAAGAGGGAGGCAGCAGAGCACUGCAGCAACCAUCGAUGCCUUUACAGGGAUCAGGCCUGUAACCCACCUUUACCUGUCAGAAGGGACGUCAGAUUCAGUGUUGGUGGCAUGGAGUGCCCCAGCACCACCCGCUGACCUCUUCAUUCUGAGCUACAGCUCUGCUGACGGGACAGACACUUCUAAGGUGACUCUAGAAGGCUCCAAGACGAGGUCACUGGUCCAGGGCCUGCUGCCGUCCACUCACUACACGUUCAGUUUAAUCACAAUACAAGGGGAUGUUACCUCUGAGCCCCUUACAGCAUCCCUCAGGACAGAAAUGGACCCACCAAAGGAACUGGCGGUCUCAGAUGURACAGAGGAUUCAGUGACCAUCUCUUGGAUCAAACCACUGGCUCCCUUUGAAUAUUAUAAGCUCUCCUACCAGUCAGCCAGAGGUCGAGUGGACAGCGAGAUGAUCGACAGCGAUGUGACAAACUACACCUUGUCUAGUCUGUUUCCUGCCACAGAGUACGAGAUCAGCCUCAAUGCUGUCAGAGGGAGUCAAGAGAGCAGACCUGUCACCACGUCUGUCUUCACAGCCAUGGACAUGCCUGCAGAAUUGACGGCCCUCAACAUCACUCCACAAGGAGCCCUGCUGAGGUGGAACCCUCCCCUGUCCAAUGUGGAUGGCUAUGUUUUCUCUCUCUUUUUUUUAGUGACAGCAGACACUUUCCUGGUUGAAGGAAACAAGCAUGAGCACCAGCUGUCCAACCUCAAGCCAAGCACCACCUACUCAGUGGCCCUGUAUGCCACCAAAGGACCCCUGACAAGUGGCACUGUGAUCACCAACCUUCAGACACCCAUGGAUGCACCUGUGAACCUGACGGCCAGUGAAGUGAACCACCGCAGCGGUCUCAUUUCCUGGCAGCCGCCAGUUGCAGAAAUAGACAACUACAUGCUCACUUACAAAACUCCUGAUGGCAGCCGGAAAUGUGACAUGACCACAGAUGAAGGAGGCUGGAUUGUGUUUCAGCGUCGUCAAAAUGGUCUGACUGACUUUUCCAGGAAGUGGAGUGAUUACCGAGUUGGAUUUGGAAACCUUGAGGAUGAGUUUUGGCUUGGUCUUGAUAACAUCCAGAAGAUUGCUUCUCAGGGACGCUAUGAGCUGAGAAUUGACAUGAGGGAUGGACAGGAAUCAGUUUAUGCCAAUUAUGACAAAUUUUCCAUUGGAGAUGCAAGAAACCUCUACAAGCUCAGGAUAGGAGAAUAUAAUGGCACUGCUGGUGACUCUUUCAGCUACCACCAGGGCCGGCCAUUCUCCACUAAAGACAGAGACAAUGACAUUGCGGUCACUAACUGUGCCUUGUCMUACAAAGGAGCCUGGUGGUACAAGAACUGCCACCGGGCCAACCUCAAUGGAAAAUAUGGCGAGUCCAGACACAGUCAGGGUAUCAACUGGUACCACUGGAAAGGCCACGAGUUUUCCAUUCCCUUUGUGGAGAUGAAGAUGAGGCCCUUCAACUUUCGCAGCAUCAGCAGUAAGAGGAGACGGUCCACCUCUGUAUAAACCCACCACCUCCGCCCUGCCCAGAGUCGUGGAUAAAUGGAGUUUAGACGAUACCGGGUGUUGAAUCUCUGCUAUCUGUGCGCCUUUCUGACCGCAAAGGCAGGCUGGAAUUAARCUGUGCCACAUCUCGUAAGUGAGGUCGCAGAGACUGAAYGAGUGAGCAAUUAAACAAAGCUACUAAUAUUUCAUUUAGCAAAUUUCAUAAAUUAAUACUUUGCCAACUUGUUAUUUUAACAUGGAUACGGUCAGAAAAUAGCAGAGAGGUUUUGACACCACAUCCAAACUGAUGAUCUUUCCGCCUGCCCAGCAUAUGCUGUCUUUUCCUGCUGUACUUCUACUUAGAAGACAAUGUAUGUAAUUUAYUAAGUACUCAGAAUGACAAUGGUCGUAACUGCUGUAAAAAUAAAAAAGGGGGAAGGCAAACAAAGAUGUUAUGGUUUAACCUUAAUAUUUGAGUUUUCCUUCUUUGAGAUGCUGAACUGUUUUCAGAAAUGCUGUUAAGAGUAAGAUACUGCGCUUUUUUUAGCCAUUACAAAAUGACWCUGAAAUCAAUAAUAUAUGCCCUUAAAACUCUGUAAUAUAUAUAUAUAAAUAUAUUUUUAUAGCUAAUAAUGUGACUGAGUUCAUCUAUAAUUUGAUGCCUUGGUUUAUGAACCUCGAUUAAGUUAACUCAAAAAUAGUAACAUACUGGACUGAGUCGGGGAAAAAAAAAACAUUACACAGCAAAAUUGAAUAUACAAAAUAAUCAUUAAUCAAAUAAUUCACCAGCAACAUCUUCAUUGCCUUGUAAUUUAUUUUAUUCAUGUGUAAUGUAAACUACUUCUUUACACAUCGUUUUCUAUUUGGUAGCCCCACUGAGAYGAUGUCUGCACUGAGAGCGGAAACACAGCUAAGCUAUUGCAGUUCAUUCUGUUAGGUGAACACAUUUAGUUGUUCAUGGGCAUUUUGUACUCACUUGAUUUCAUUUCCAAGCAAAUUACAGUCAGAAAAUGUUGUAACUUUGCUGCUGACGUAGGGAUUUCUUGCGGAAAUGACGGCGGUAGAUGCAACAGUUAACCAAAGGCCUUCGUAAUAAAGAUUUAACGAUUGAAAAUAAGCUCAGCUAUUUCUGUCACCAAGGCUGUCUUGAUACUGCCCCACAUUUCAAGCCCCCUUUUGUACUCAUUGUGAUUCCCCCCAAAUGCGAAGCGAAACUUUCUAAAUGCUAUUCAGAACAAAGUCGGUGUGGGCAUAGUGCAGUUUUAAGUCUGGCUCCCCUCCUGCUGCUUGCUGAAAUGAACUAAACAAAGAAAGCAGAACAGAAGGUGGAGCGAAGCCAAGUUUUCCUUGUACUYGCUUCACUGUUUAAGCUGCUUCGCGAAACAAAGAAAUCCACUAACACUGCUGGGAAUGUGUUCCUUUUAGUGGGGUCGGUGUAAUCUACGGCUUGCCAACCAACCAUGUGUUCACGGUGGCACACAAGGCGUUCGGGGCCAGUUAGCUGACAGCAGCCUUUCUGCCUGAGUUUAAGACAGACAUAACAAAGAUGACUGGAAGAAAGAAACCAAUGUCACUAUAAGCAACAUUUUGUCUCAUUUAUUAGGUAAUCAAACACUGUGUUUCCUAUUAUUUUCUGUAUCUCCUUUUUCUGUAUCUCCUUUACUCUUCUAAAGGACAGAGGACGUAAAUCCUCUGAUUGAAGUAAACCAACCAAUCAGACUCUACUUUUUUUUUUCUAGAGAUUGAAAAUAGUUGCCCUCCCCUGUUCUACUACUACUACUAUUACUACUACUACUACUACUACUACUAAUAUACUCAUGUAGAUAUGAAGUUUUACUUUCGCUGACCCCAUUCGAUGGAAGCCAACAAAGAAACCCCUGUGGGGAAUUCCUGCUAAAAACUGUGCAUUUCUAACCACUGUUGUGCAAAGGGAUGAGUGGAGCCCACUGCAUGUUGACUGAAAUGCUACCAAGAGCUUGAGAGUGAACAACAMAUGUCUUUAGAAUAUAUUUGUGCACAUAUUUAUCUUUUGUUYCAUCUUAAAGCUGCCCCGAAAAUGAUUUAAAAAUAGAUUUAAAUUGCUUCCCCYC